AGUUGUUUAGUCGUCCGUGUGAAGUCUUCGUGGUAAUUCUAAGUGUUAUUAUAAUAUUAUUUUUUUUUCGUAGUCUAGUUUUGGCCGACACCAUCUUCAUACUUAUCGCCAACCCGUCAGUGUCCGUCUUAUUUCGUCUAUGAACUUAAACGAUUACUCCACUUAUAAUUUCUUCUAAGACAAGUAUAGUAAAAAAUACGAUAUAAUAAUAAUAUAAGAAUAUAACGACUGCAGCAGCUCACGAAACGCAUCCAAGAUGAGCAGCAGUUGCAACUGCCCGGUAACCCAGCCGGGACCCACUUUGGCCAGCACGUGCGGUGGUUCGGCGUUCAUGUUGUUCAUGGGCCUAUUGGAGGUGUUCAUCAGGUCCCAGUGCGACAUCGAAGACCCGUGCGGCCGGCCAGGGAAUGUGGCGUCGCCGGACAAGGAGUACGACUUCAUCGUUGUGGGUGGUGGGUCAGCGGGCAGCGUGAUGGCCAGCAGACUCAGCGAGGUACCACAAUGGAAGGUUCUGUUAAUUGAGUCGGGUGGCGAUGAGCCCACCGGUACACAAGUUCCGUCAAUGUUUCUGAAUUUUUUGGGUUCGUCAAUCGAUUGGAGUUACAAUACGGAACCUGAGGAAAUGGCGUGCUUAAGCAGCCCGGAGAGACGAUGCAACUGGCCCAGAGGAAAGGUGUUGGGUGGCACGAGCGUGAUGAAUGGCAUGAUGUACAUGCGGGGCAGCCGGCACGACUUCGACGGCUGGGCCAAGAUGGGCAAUCCGGGAUGGAGCUAUCAGGACGUGUUGCCGUACUUCCUGAAGUCCGAGGACAACCACCAGGCGACCACCAUGGACGCCGGUUACCACGGGGUCGGCGGCCCGAUGCCGGUCGGUCAGUUCCCAUACCACCCACCGCUGUCGCACGCCAUCCUACAGGCCGGUCUGGAGCUCGGCUACCAGGUGCGUGACCUGAACGGUGCCCUGCACACGGGUUUCGCAAUCGCACAGACCACGUCCAAGAACGGUUCACGUUACAGCAUGGCCAGGGCGUUCCUACGGCCCGCCAAGGACAGGGCCAACCUGCAUGUGAUGCUCAACGCCACUGUGACCCGGGUGCUCAUUGACCCCAAGAAGAAGGCGGCCUACGGAGUGGAGGUAUACACAAACGGACGGACGAUCACGAUCGGUGCAAGGCAAGAAGUAAUUUUGUCAGGCGGCGCGGUCGCCUCGCCACAGUUGCUGCUGCUGUCGGGAGUCGGGCCCAAAGAUGACCUGCGUGCCGUUGGUGUGCCGGUCGUGCACGACUUGCCGGGAGUCGGCCGGAACCUCCACAAUCACGUGGCGUUCUUUGUCAACUUCCGCAUUAACGACACGUCAACGACGCCACUGAACUGGGCCACGGCCAUGGAAUACCUGCUGUUCCGGGAUGGGCUCAUGUCCGGCACUGGCAUAUCCGAGGUGACCGCCGUGCUUCCGUCCAAGUACGUCAACCCCGCCGACGACAACCCCGACCUGCAGUUCUUCUUCGGUGGUUACCUGGCCGAUUGUGCCAAGACCGGCCAGGUGGGUGAAAAGUCGGGCAGUGGCGUUGGCGAUGGCCGGCGAACCAUCAACAUGAUACCGGCCGUGUUGCAUCCCAAGAGCCGUGGCCAGCUCAAGCUCAAGUCAUCCGACCCACUCGCCCACCCGGCCAUCUACGCCCGGUACCUGAGCCAUCCCGACGACGUGGCCGUGCUGGUGGAAGGCAUUAAGAUCGCGAUUAAGUUGUCUGAGACACCCGCGCUCAGCAAGUAUGGUAUGGAACUGGACCGGACGCCGGCGAUGGGCUGCGAGGACCUGGAGUUUGGAUGCGACGCAUACUGGGAGUGUGCGGUGCGCCGAAACACCGGACCUGAGAACCACCAGGCUGGAAGCUGUCGGAUGGGUCCACCAAGCGACCCGGGUGCCGUCGUCGACGCGGAACUCCGCGUGCACGGCGUCGACCGGCUGCGAGUUGUCGACGCUUCCGUGAUGCCGGCCGUUACUUCCGGAAAUACCAACGCCCCGGUGGUGAUGAUCGCCGAAAAGGCGUCCGACAUGAUUAAGGCCCGGUGGGUUGGCCGGAAGCCGUGGAGCAAGUGGUAAGGCGACUGUGGCAGCCGUGCGGCGACGUCCUAUUUUAAUAAUUUUGUAACUAUAUAUCGGUGCUACACAAUCGUUUGAAAACUGCAAAACAAUAUUUUAUACAGUAGUUAUUGCAUAUAGUUAUGGACGCUAAAACAUAUACACUGACAAUUAUUUUCGUUCCUGUAGUAUAGACUAAUAUAUAUAUUGUAAAACAUUACCAACACGAUAAGCAAAACACAAUUUAUAACCAAUAUUAGCAUAAUAAUAUACUAUAACUGACUAGGUACUACAGUAGUUAUCGAAAUGAUAUUGCAAUGCGAAAGUCAAUUACGAACAACACUGACUAUUGAAUAAAUAUUUUACUUAUGUUAUAGCAUUCUAAAUUGUAUAAAUAGUGAUCAGUGAUGACAACAAAUCGAAAUAUUAUCAUUGCUUCUUAUUGAUCAUAAUUUUAUUCACAUUCGAGUAAAAAAUUUAAUUUAAUUUUGAAUUUAUAUAUUUAUAUAAUUUAUAUAUUUUGGACACACAAUUUAGUAUUGUAAAACUAAUCACAGCAGUUCUAUUCUGGGUGUUUCAUUCGGAAAAAUUAAUCAGGGCACCCCAAAAUAUUUCAUCCCUUCACAACUCCACAUUCCGCGCCCAAAAUUAAGCACUUUAUUUAAAAUAAAAAAUCAUCACCUAAUAUUAUUAUAAUAAUAUUUUUAUCAUUUACACCCGUUUCGAACCGUACCGCACCAUAAUGCUUUCCACUCGUCGCACACUUAGUCGUUAUUACAAUAUUAUACUGCUUUAGAUCACUAUAUUAUAGGGUGCAACUCGUCGAUAAAAUAUCUCAACGAUCUGUAAUCCAUUAAUUAUCACUAAAAUGUACUAUACUAGAAUAUUAAUUAUAUACCGCUCGCACGCACUAUCACGGCGACGGCGACGUCGAUAUCACUCUGUUUGGUCACCGAAGAGGACUCAUCCGGUUUGUCCGUAUGCGUCUGGUCUCGUUUUUUUAUUGUGUGUAUGUUUUUUUUUUAGAAGACUAUUAUUAUUAUUGUUUUUACAGAACGCAGUCCCACUGUACGUCCACGUCCCGCGAUCGGCAUUCAAGUCGUCGCCUCCAACCUAUUUAGGUACCUACCUACUAUAAUAUUAUUACGUAUACGCGACUAAAUUAUAUACGAUACGUCUACGAGUUAGGGUUACGAGCUCGGUAUGAUUGUAUACGCGGUAAAGUUAGUACGCAGUUUAACGUUAAGCCCUAAUAUUAUAUACAGAGCACGCUUUUAAUACAUGAUUCGCUUAAUUAUUAUUAUUAUUAUUAUUAUUAUUAUUAUUAAACAUUGUAUCAGAACAUAAUAUUAUUAUAAUAUUGCGUACCUAGAUUUUAUUUAAAUAAUAUUAUUUUAUUUGAUAGGUAGGUAACGUAACGUAUAUAUAAACUAUAAUAAUGUAUAAUUAAAAUAUAUAUUGAAAUGCCAUGACGAGAAAUUAGGGCCAUUAUUAUAUUUAAUAAUGUUAUUAAGAAGCGAAUUAGCCAACAAAUACCGUGCGUAUAUUGUUAAGUAUAUUUUAUGCAUUAUAUUAUUAUUUUGUUUAUAAUAUCGGUACGCUCAUACAUAAAGCUGCGCGUUGUGUUUUAGUCUUUAGUUUUUCAUUGCAAGGUGUACUACAAUGAUCACAUAAUUUUCACCUAGCUAGGUAACUAAAUUAUAAAUAGCAUACUAUAUACAUGUAGGGAAAAGCUUAAGAAUCACUUAAUUUGGGAUAAAUCAUGUCAAAAUUAAUUAUAUUAUAUUCUAUACUAUGGAUCUUUGUAUGGCUUAGUGAUAUGCACAAUUUUUUUUUUUUUUUUUUUAAUUAUUGCUUAAUAUUACGUUAAACAUAAGUAUGUAGACCUAAGAAAAAUAGUUAUAUUAAUUUAUGCCGCAUUACAUUAUUAUUUUGUCGUUGUAUUAUGUUGUAUCAGAAUAUUAUGCAUUUUAUUUAUCACGUCGAAUAGUUUUAAGUAUAUAUUAUUGUAUUUUAUUGUAAUUUUAAUACAGACGUAUCGUUCAUUUAUUAUUGUAUAAUUAUUUAAAAAAAAAACAAAAAAAAAUCAAUCAAAAAUAUCGAUAAAAUUAAUUACACUUAUAAUACUAUUAUACUUCAAUAGGAAUUAUAAUAUAAUAUAAUUAUUUGUAAGUUUAAAAUAUUAUGUAUAAUAUCAAUAGAUUAUACGAAUUUGAACUGUGCAAUUUAUAAUAUUGAUAUUUUGUAUUAUAUAUAAUAUUUAUAAAACAA